UUUGUGUCUUGGUCUCUUCACUGGCAAUCCCACACGGAUCUAGAGAAGCAAGUAUGCCUUUAAGAAGAAGAGAUACAGCCAGAGCUUUAGGGCUGCUGGAGGACUACUGCUCCAAGCUGAAGAAACCAGAGGAGCAGCAGCUCAAAGCUGCCAUUCAGCGAGUGGUGGGCAUCUUCAGAAGUAGCCUCUUUCAGGCUCUCAUAGAUAUCCAGGAGUUUUAUGAAGUGACCCUGUUGAACACUCAGAAGAGCUGUGAACAGAAGUUGGAGGAGGUGAACCACAUGGCAGAGCAGUGGGAACACUCGACCACUAACUCUUCAACCACACACCCACAGCCAGCCUGCGCACAGCCAGAGGUGAUGGAGAAGAGCCACGUGGAGCUGAGUGUGGAGGAAUCAGCACCGGACAGCAACACAAAUGCAGAGAACAGGCCUCCGGCGGUUCAGGGCACCCAACAGCAGACCCACUCUCCGGCCUGUAUGAACCCCAACCCUGCUCUGAUGAGCUCGCCCUGGUACCGCUAUCAGGAUGACGAGUCGCCGCCUCCUGAGCAUGGCUUCCCUCGGCUGACCAAUGAGGUGCGAGCGCCUGAGCUGGUGCAUGUGUCAGAGAAGAACCUGUCGGAGAUCGAGAAUGUGCACGGCUACGUCUCUCAUUCACACAUCUCACCACUCAAGCCUGCGCUGGUUACCCGGUUUGAUCUUACAUACCCGGGGGUGACCGCCGCAAACUACCUGGCAAGCCCCGCACCAAUUAUAGUCAACACGGACACUUUGGAGUCGGUACCUUACGUCAACGGGACAGAAAUUGAAUAUGAAUUUGAAGAAAUUACGCUAGAGCGGGGUAACUCAGGGUUGGGGUUCAGUAUAGCAGGCGGGACAGAUAACCCACACAUUGGAGACGACCCCGGAAUCUUCAUCACCAAAAUCAUCCCAGGAGGAGCGGCAGCCGAGGACGGCAGGCUACGGGUAAAUGACUGUAUCCUGCGUGUGAAUGAAGUGGACGUGUCCGAGGUUUCCCACAGCAGGGCCGUGGAGGCGCUGAAGGUUGCUGGCUCAAUUGUUAGACUCUACGUGCGCAGAAGAAGACCAAUGCUGGAGACCGUGGUGGAAAUCAAACUCAUCAAAGGACCAAAAGGGCUAGGGUUCAGUAUUGCAGGUGGGGUGGGGAAUCAGCACAUCCCAGGUGAUAACAGCAUCUACGUCACUAAAAUUAUCGAUGGCGGGGCGGCGCAGAAGGACGGCAGGUUACAGGUUGGAGACAGACUGCUGAUGGUGAAUAACUACACUCUGGAGGAGGUCACCCACGAGGAGGCAGUAGCCAUUCUGAAGAACACGUCAGAUGUUGUGUAUUUGAAGGUGGGGAAGCCCACUAGUGUUUACCUUUCAGAUCCCUAUGGGCCUCCCGAUAUUACCCAUUCGUUCUCCCCUGCUAUGGAUAAUCAUAUCUCUUCCGCUGGUAAUAACGGGACUCUGGAGUAUAAGUCCAGUCUUCCUCCCAUCUCCCCCGGCCGCUAUUCGCCCCUGCCACGCCACCUGCUAGGGGAGGAGGAUAUUAACAGGUUGGAUGGCUUUUCAUUCUUACGGGAGCCGAGGAAGAUCGUGCUGCAUAAAGGCUCCACUGGCCUGGGCUUCAACAUCGUGGGCGGUGAGGACGGUGAGGGAAUCUUCGUCUCCUUCAUCCUGGCCGGGGGUCCUGCAGAUCUCAGUGGAGAGCUGCGGAGAGGAGACCAGAUCCUGUCUGUAAAUGGCAUUGAUCUGCGAGGUGCCACUCAUGAGCAGGCUGCAGCUGCGCUCAAGGGGGCAGGACAGACGGUCACCAUCAUCGCCCAAUACCGGCCUGAGGAGCUUGCGUUGUGCUCUCCGCGCCGGGCCCCGCCUCCAGCCGCAGAGUACGGGCGCUUUGAGGCCAAAAUUCAUGACCUGAGAGAACAGAUGAUGAACCACAGCAUGAGCUCUGGAUCAGGAUCCCUCCGAACCAAUCAGAAACGCUCCCUCUAUGUCAGGGCUCUGUUUGACUAUGAGCGGUCGAAGGACAGUGGCUUGCCCAGUCAGGGUCUCAGUUUCCGUUAUGGAGACAUCCUGCAUGUCAUUAACGCAUCUGAUGACGAGUGGUGGCAGGCGCGGAGAGUCACUCCAGACGGAGACAGCGAGGAGAUGGGCGUCAUCCCCAGCAAGAGGAGGGUGGAGAGGAAAGAGCGAGCCCGUCUGAAGACAGUCAAGUUCAACGCGAAGCCUGGCAGCAUUGACUCUAAAGGGUCAUUCAGUGACAAACGUAGAAAGAACUUCAUCUUUUCACGAAAGUUCCCUUUCUACAAGAACAAGGAGCUGGACGAGCAAGACGGCAGUGACUCGGAACGGAGCCAAGAGGACCUGAUCCUGUCCUAUGAGCCUGUGAUUCGGCAAGAGAUUAACUAUGCCAGACCUGUUAUUAUUCUGGGGCCAAUGAAGGACAGGAUCAAUGACGACCUCAUCUCAGAAUUCCCUGACAAGUUCGGCUCAUGCGUGCCACAUACCACGAGAGCAAAGCGGGAUUACGAGGUGGAUGGGCGAGAUUAUCACUUCGUGACCUCGCGGGAGCAGAUGGAGAAGGACAUCCAAGAGCACAAGUUCAUCGAGGCCGGGCAGUACAACGACAACCUGUAUGGGACCAGCGUCCAGUCAGUCAAAUACGUGGCUGAAAGGGGGAAGCAUUGCAUACUUGACGUAUCUGGAAAUGCCAUAAAACGACUACAAGUAGCACAACUCUACCCUAUUGCCAUCUUUAUAAAGCCUAGAUCCAUCGAAUCUUUAAUGGAGAUGAACAAGAGGUUGACGGAGGAGCAGGCCAAGAAAACAUUUGACCGUGCCAUGAAGCUAGAGCAGGAGUUUGGAGAGUACUUCACAGCACUGGUGCAAGCAGACACUUUGGAGGACAUUUAUACUCAGUGUAAGAUGGUGAUAGAGGAGCAGUCUGGACCUUAUAUCUGGAUUCCCUCCAAAGAGAAGCUAUAAGGAAGACAUUGCCCUGCCAGGGACUUUGGACUGCAAAAAAAACAAAAACAACUACAAAAAAAACACAUAGGCAUAAUUUGUAACAUAUGAUAAAUUAUUAUGGUAAUGUUUAUUGUUGAUAAUUAUAGUGAAGAUUAUUUUGUUUGUUUGUUUGUUUGUUUUAUCUGUUAUGUUACUUUUUUCACUUUCAAUAUGAAUGUUCCUGAAUGUACACCACAAAGUGUUGGAAACAUUUUUGGCCUCAAAAAAAGGACUGUUUAUAUAUUUAUUGGUUAUAGUAGUAUUUUUAGUUAAGAAUUCAAAUGCGUUGAGAUGAACGUUGGCUAUUUUUGUUCACGUUUAAUUUUCGGCUGGAAUUUUAAAAGGAAGGACAUCGCGUGCAGGUCAGGACACAGUAAGAUGGAUGAUUUCUACACCGCUACCACAGCAGCCUCCCAGAGGAGAUCUUCAUAAUGAUAUCAGCUUUCCCCGCUUCGUGGCCGGCCGCUGCCCUGCAGGUCUGCGUUUCUCUCUCUGCAGCACUCCACAUCUUGCCCGCUCUGGGAUCUAUGCACUCCCCUGGCCCCUUCACACUUCAUUUCUCUCCCCUUCUUCCUACAUUUCUUUUGUACUUAUUUAUUUUUGUCGUUGUCAACCACUUUCAUUCAUUUGAACAUCUCCUUGAAGAUUUCUAGUUUUAAAUUGUUCAAUUGUACAUGUAGCUACGUUUCUAAAUGGAACUUUCAGAACAAGUCAACAGAUGCUUUAAUUAGUGUAAACUGUAAAAGGGAUACAACUAGGUAGGAAAUAUGACACUAUAUUUUGCUAUUUAUAUUGAUAGAGGGCACAACAGCACAGAAAUAUUUAUAAAAAAAAUGUAUAACUUUGUUUAAAAAAAGCUACUUUUGGAAAAAAAACAUUUUACUGGUGUAAGAUACAGUGUUGUGGUAGAUGUAGUAUUGGUGGGGAUGUUGGUAAUCCCGUUGCCCCUGGUUUUCAGUAAGGGAAUGCAUGUGCGUGUUUGAGUGUUUGUGAGGUUGAGUACGGUAGGUAAUGCAAUGUGGUGACCAAUAUGUUUUUCUCUUGUCCAAAACCUGAGCCACAAUCAACUCAUGCAAACAGAACUGCAACAAAGUUCUAGAACGCUCAUCUCGAAGUCCAGGCUUUGAGAAUUCUAGAGUCUUAUGAAAAUGUUGUGUGCUUACAUUUUGUGGUUUUUGUCUCAUCAGUCUAUUGGAUCAUGUAUGACAGUGCAUUAUGGUUAUUCUGUAUCCACUACGGUAUAUUAUUUGUACCCUAGUUAUUGCAGUGAGGUUGUGCUAGUGCACUAGACAGUCUCCACUAUAACUGUCUCAAAGUGAAGGCUGCGGGUGAGGUAGGAGAGACCUUCCUAACACUGCUUACUCACACAUUUAGGACAUCCUGAACAGACUGUACUGACACAUCACGGCUUACUGAUGUAAACAAUGUGACGUUUGAGUCUAACAAAAAAACGUUAAAUCAAAAGUCUGGUGCUGCAGCAUCUCGCCACUCAGAGCUGCUUCCGUUGUUUCCAAAUGUUCUUGCGCCACGUGUGAAGGAUUGUAGGUGACUGAAGGUCUUGAAAGAUACACCAGCUGCGUCCUUCAAUUUCUCACAAAUAAAGGAUGCACUUCUUGGCUAACGAGAGAGCCCUCAGUGACAUGACGGCAGAGAAAUGCAGCCUUUUUCAGCUGCAUCCUUAGUUGUGAGACACGGAUUGUUUUGGUAUGUGACUACAAAAUAGCUUUCUUCUAAAAUAGAGCACUGUAUAGUAGGAGUGUAAUCAUUCACUCAGCCCGUGACUUGAUUCAAUUCGAUUUGAUAUUCUCACAACAAUUUCAGUCAAAUUAUGUUGUGCAACUUACUGACAACACUAGAGCUGAGAGGCCUGAGUGUUGGAGUGGGUUGUUGAAUGGUUGCUGAACUGUUCAAACAGUGCAAUUCCUUUAGAUGGCAUAAUUGAUAGAAUGUCUAUUCUCCACAAUGCUGUCAUAGUUUUUCACAAUAUACUGUUACACCCCUGCAGUACAGUGUACAGGGCAUCGUUUUGGACAUGGCGCAGGAGCCCGGGUUGUGCUGCUGCUAAGAUAGGACCCAUUUAAACACGUCUUCUGCAAAGGGAUAAGAGCAAAAACUAAACAAGCAGGGGCUGCAAACUGACUAUCCCGCUUUCUUCCGAAUGCACACAGACGUUAACACAUUUGCAAAGCAUGCAUGCACUAAAUAGAUGUACGUAAACUGAAUCAGACAUGAUCAUAUGCCAUGUAUUUACUAUAUACACAUAGAUAAAAGAUGAGCUCAUACCCCUCUAAUUAUUGAAACCCUUGCUAAUAAAUCUGCUAACAUAUGUACAAACUUUAAAACCACAAAUUCCACAACGGUCUGCAAAGCAGAAAACUGCAGUAUUCUUUCCGAGGCCUGUGGUAAGGGGCCUGCUGACGUAUUGGUCACCACUUGCCUUACAAAGAAUUGAGGUUUCUUUUUUUAUAUUUGUAUAUAUAUACUUGACUGACAACCUCCCACUUUGUGGGUCAUUUAUAAUGUCAGUGCGUGACUGAAGGUGUGAGAAUGUAAAGACAGAAUGCACAGUCUUGUUUUAAUUAAUAGAAGUCCAUAUACAUACAUAAGCAUAACAUACACUGGAGAAAGUGGUGUUGAAUUCACUUGAAUUAAACAUGUACAUCCUUUCCACAUGAAUAAAAUACAUCAACACAUUCGUCUUUUGGUUUAUUUGCUGUUUGAAAAGUUGUGUUGAUGAAAUGAUAUUUUGAAUGAUGUUUUAUUCCUGUGGAAAUUCUGUACACAUCGAAAUCGUGUAAACUCAUCGCACUGCUUUUUUCAAUGUACGUAACCAGUUGAUAAUUCGGAAAAGCUAAAUGCCAUGACCAUUUUUCUUCCAAAGAGUAAUUUUUCCUCAAUGUGCUUGUUAUCUGUCGCAUAUCAUUCCUACACUUAUCAUUGCUCAUGAUUUUAGGGCCUAAAUACACAAAGGAGGCAAAGAAGUGACUUUUGGAGGGGAAAAAAAUGCCAGGAGCCUAAUUCACUGCAGACUAAGCAAUGGUUUGCAUGAACAGAAUCUACAUUUUGGAGUAUUAACACAGGUAGAGAGGCAUGUGCUUCAGAUGGCAGCAGCCAGAACAGCCAAUUGUGGGUUCAGUGAAACCAGGCCUUAUGAUAUGGUAUUGCAAGCGUUUCACACUGUUGUGUCCCCUUCCAUUAAAUAUUUCACAUUAAAUUUGCUUAGAUCAGCCAGUUUAUUUCAUUAUGUUGCACUAAUACUGAGCACACAUGCUUUGUGUUGUUAGGAAACAUCAUCACCUUCCAGAUUGUGUGCACUGGAGCGAGGGUCCCUGCAGCGUUAUGGUGCUCCCUAUACAUUGUAGUCCCUUGACAGGAAUCAGUAUAGUGAAAAUGGACAGAAAUGGAGUUUUACUCAGGGUUGCCACAUAGGGCGCAGGAACAGAAAACCAAACCCCUAUUCAGAGGGCAACAGUUUAAAAUUCAUUUAAAAUGGAACUUUGUUUUGAUUAAAGAAAUGUGAGCUGUUUUCCCCCAUUUUUGUUUCUUUUUUAUCCAUUUGUGAUAUAAAUUAUCAUUAGCAUAAAAGUACUAUAUGAAUAAAAUAACUUUUCAUUUUCCCCAAACCUAAUCGCACUUAAUAAUGUGCAAUGUUGUAAAUAAGUUUCGAUUGGCACUUUAGUCUGUCAGACAGGAAACAGGCCUGAUCUUUUUACUUUAGAUCUCAUUAAGCAGAAAUGCACCUAGAAAACGCUUCCAGUUGACCUUCCUUUCUGACUGUACAUACUGUUUGUGUUGCUUCAUUCCUUAAGUGUAAAUGUUAAAGCACACUUAACACGAGUGGGACUGUACAGUUAUCACGAACAUCUGUUCUUAAAUGAGUAAUUUAGUUCUUUUUUAUUUUUAUUUUCAAAGAAAAAACAAUGAAAAAGGAAAAAGAAAUGUGUCCUUUUGCAUCAUGUUACAGUAUGUACUCCUGAUUGCUUUGAAGAAUCACAAUUUAAAAAAAAAAACCUUUGCUUUAGGCCUAUGUGAAGGACUCCACUCAGCCUCCAUCUCUACUAAUGUAAAUUAAAGCUUUGGUGAGACUUUUCCA